AGCUAACAGCGCACAUGUUGAUAAUCAAGAAGAAGCACGUCCAAAACAAAUAAAUACUUGCAUUUAUUUAUUGGAAUUUUUUUAUUUAAAGGAGAAAAUAAAGUGCUAGCUAAGAUGCCAAAGGUCAAAACUGAAAAAAAGAGCCGCAUUCACACCGAGGUGCAGAAGCAGGGAAUUGUUUUUAACAAGGACUUUGGUCAGCACAUCCUGAAGAAUCCCUUGGUAAUAACUACAAUGUUGGAGAAGGCAGCUCUAAGAGCCACCGAUGUCGUUCUGGAAAUUGGUCCCGGAACAGGUAACAUGACUGUUCGAAUGCUGGAGCGGGCAAAGAAGGUGAUAGCUUGCGAGAUUGACACACGUUUGGCCGCCGAAUUGCAGAAGCGAGUGCAAGCCACACCGCUGCAGCCAAAGCUCCAAGUACUUAUCGGAGACUUUCUGAAAGCGGAGCUCCCCUUCUUCGAUCUCUGCAUCGCCAACGUGCCAUAUCAAAUUAGUUCGCCCCUGAUCUUUAAGUUGCUCCUGCACCGACCACUCUUCCGCUGUGCCGUCCUCAUGUUCCAACGUGAAUUCGCCCAGCGACUGGUGGCUAAACCGGGUGACAAGCUUUACUGCCGACUAAGCAUCAAUACCCAACUCCUGGCCCGAGUGGACAUGCUCAUGAAGGUGGGCAAGAACAACUUCAAGCCGCCGCCAAAGGUCGAAAGCAGUGUGGUGAGGCUAGAGCCCAAAAACCCACCACCACCGGUUAACUUCACCGAAUGGGACGGCCUUACUCGAAUCGCCUUCUUGCGCAAAAACAAAACGCUGGCAGCCACCUUCAAAGUCACUUCCGUGCUGGAAAUGCUGGAGAAAAACUACAAACUGUAUCGCUCACUCCGGAAUGAGCCCGUCGAGGAUGACUUCAACAUGCAAGAUAAAGUCAUUGGCAUCUUAGAAGAACAGGACAUGGCUACUAAACGUGCGAGAAGCAUGGACAUCGACGACUUCAUGAAACUCCUGCUGGCUUUCAAUUCAGCUGGCAUUCACUUCAAUUAGUAAUAUUUAUUUAAUAGAUCGUUUAACUUUGUACAUUUUUACCAACAUUAAUAUAAAUGUUAAGCCAACGAACUCUA